UGCAGUUCCGGUCACGUGCUGCGCGCGGGUCAGGUGACCCGGCCCGAUCUGCUCCCGCCGCGCCGCCCGGUGCCGCCGCCGCCAUGACGGGGCUCGCCCUGCUCUACUCGGGGCUCGGCCUCGCCUUCUGGACCACACUGCUUGGCGUCGGGAUCUGCUACACAAUAUUUGACCUGGGCUUCCGCUUCGAUGUGGCUUGGUUUCUGACGGAGACCUCACCCUACAUGUGGUCCAACCUGGGCAUUGGCUUGGCCAUCUCCCUGUCUGUGGUGGGAGCUGCCUGGGGGAUUUACAUCACGGGUUCCAGCAUCAUUGGUGGUGGAGUCAAAGCCCCGCGGAUCAAAACAAAGAAUCUGGUGAGCAUCAUUUUCUGCGAGGCCGUGGCCAUCUACGGGAUCAUCAUGGCAAUAGUCAUCAGUAACAUGGCUGAGCCUUUCAAUGGAGUCACCCCAGAAGAGAUUGGAGCCAGGAACUACCACGCAGGUUUCUCCAUGUUUGGAGCUGGUCUGACCGUGGGUUUAUGCAAUCUCUUCUGCGGCGUCUGUGUGGGCAUCGUGGGCAGCGGGGCUGCCCUGGCUGAUGCCCAGAAUGCCAGCCUCUUCGUCAAGAUCCUGAUCGUGGAAAUCUUUGGCAGUGCCAUAGGGCUGUUUGGGGUCAUCGUUGCUAUCCUGCAGACAUCUAAAGUAAAGAUGGGCUGAGCCCUCUUGCACUCAGCCUGUUCCAGCCCACCCCAAGAGGUUCUGUAUAUACUUAUUUAAUGUUUCUAUACUUGAAUGGGGUGGGA